AUGUCGAGGAAAUUCAAAAACUUCAAAAAGUACCUAGCCAAGGAAAUUGAAAUGAAGGACUUGGGUAUUCUGAAAUAUUUCUUGGGUAUUGAAGUUGCAAGAUCAAAGCAUGGCAUUUUUCUUUCUCAAAACAAAUAUGUUAUAGACUUAUUAACUAAGACUGGGAUGUUGGCUUGUAAACCUGCAUACACAUCAGUUGAGCAAAACCAUAGAUUGGGAGACCAUCUUGAUCAAGUUCCGGCUAACAAGGAAAGAUACCAAAGAUUAGUUGGGAGGUUGGUUUAUUUGUCUCAUACACGACUUGACUUAGCCUAUGCUGUAAGUGUGGUGAAUCAAUUUAUGCAUAGGCCAAGUGAAGCCCACAUGGAUGUUGUAAAACGCAUUCUCAGGUAUUUGAAGUCUACUCCUGGAAAAGGCUUGAUGUUUUCCAAUCAUGGACAUCAAGAAGUUGAAGGAUACACUGAUGCAGAUUAG